AUGACAGAUGACCUUGGCAUCUAUUACUUAAUGGUAGGUGGAAAACAGGGCUCGAAACGAGUUAAUCGGCCGACGUCCGAUCAUUCUGGCUGGAGUAUUCAAAUUCAUGUCUUAGCAGGUAUUGUCAAUGGUGUCAUGGUGCUUCGGGACAGCCCCUUCAUCGACACGUCCUGGAGUGACUUCGAGACGGUACUAGUACCGAAAGUGGCUGGAACUUGCAACCUUGACGAGCUCUUCGGUGAAGACGAGGCUUCGGACUUCUUCAUGAAGGCUUCGUCUGCAAUUCCGAUUGUUAGGAUUCAUGGCCAGUCCGCUUGCAGCGCGGCGAACCAUUACAUGGUAAGCCUCGUGCGCAAUCGCCGGAGUCGGGAAUUGGCGGACUCCUUUGUCGUCAUUGAUUUGCUGAUGGGACUAGGCUACAUUCUCCGUUCGGAAGCAAAACACCGCACUGCCAUUCAAACGUCUCUUUUACUACGAAUGGAUAAGCAACCAGAAACAACCCUGCACGACAUGCUGGCCAUGGCCAUCGAAUGCGGACGACCUGAUUCAGACAAGCAAUCUGAAGGCAUCGUGCGGGCGUCAGCUAAGUCCUGUUUCUGA